GGCACAUCAGUUCGCGCGCGCGAUGUGUAAGGUAGCAUUGGUGGUGGGUGCAGCCAGCAACCUCGGCUACCAAGUGCUGAGGAAGCUCACAGACACGUACCAAGGGAAAAUAUACUUCACCACCGAAGAUGAAUCUGCUGGGUACAACAUCCUGCAGAAUCUACAGCGAGAGAACCUCGAAUUAAAUUAUUUGCAUAUGGACAUCACAUACACAAAGACCAUCGUUAAACUCCGGCAUUACAUCCAAGACAAUGACGAACGAAUAGAUCUGAUCAUCAAUCUAACAGAUUACGUCAUGGAGAAGAAUCUGUCUCACUUCGAAAAGGUCAGAAGGACGCUGAGCGUGAACUUCUACGGCUUCAUAAACUUCGGGAAACUCAUCUAUCCGCUUCUAAAUGAGAAUGCUAGAGUGAUCAACGUGUCAGGUCCUGCUGGUCUGCUUGCUACGAUUGAGAAUGAAGAGAAGAGGCGAAGACUGAGCGAUCCGACGUUAACAGAAGACCAGCUAGUUGCCAUUCUACAAGAAUAUGAAGAUGCAGCAAGACGAGGAGUUGAGAAGACUGAAGGUUGGGGAAUGAACGUGCACGCUGUCAGUAAAGUGGCUUUGAAUGCUGUCACAUUCUUACAGCAUAGGGAAUGGGCAGACAAGGGAGUUGUGAUCAAUUGUGUGAACCCAGGGAACCUCUCGCAGCGGGAAGGAAGGAAGACUACGAAAGUGUUUGAGAAAGGAGCCAACGCAAUUUUAUAUCUGGCAAUGGAAGCACCUUUGACGUUAAAGGGCAAUUUUGUGUGGAGCAACUAUUCAGUGAUCGAAUGAAACUCCGAUCCUUUUGUUGAGGUCACUACUGUUUAAGUUUGUGAUGUGUUUGUCAUUUCGUAAUUUAGAAGUGUUACAUGUUAUCGAUUAAGUGAACUUGAAUAUUUUAUUAAGACCUCUCAUUAUGGUAUGUGUCAAAUUGAGAUUUAUGUUGUAAUAUGUUUUAUUUAUGUAUCUGAUUGACGAAAUGAACAAGCUCAACUGAUCCUCGCUUCAAUGUCCCAUAAAAAUUAUCAUCACCCAAAAAUCUAAUUCAAAAUAUCGCUCUUCAUGGUGCUUAAAAUUCUGUGAAAGCAUCUAUAAAAAUAUGUAAUACUAGAUUGCUAUAGUUAGUAUAUUUAUUGCCAUAAAACGUCCGAUUGAGUGUAAAAUUAUUAUUGUUUAAAAGUAGCAUAUUACAAAGUCGAAUAUAAAAUUCUAGAACCUAUAUAAUACGUCCUAAUUUAGUUAAUUUAUUUUGUUACUAGUUAAUAAUCUAUUAAAUGAACAUUUGACGA